AUGAAAUUCGAGAACAGGGAACAAAAGUUUGGGGAACAUAUCGAAGAAGCAAAUAUACAGGCAAUAGAUAAAGAUGAGAAGUUACUCAACUCGUUUGGGUAUAAACAGGACCUUAUCCGUUCAAUGUCUGUCUUCUCAAGUUUUGCCAUUACAUUUUCUUCUUGCUCUGUAUUGUCGGGACUCGCCCCUAUGUGGGGAGAUGCUAUGGUUGAUGCAGGGUCUCUUGGUGUUAUUUGGGGUUGGGUAGCAACUAGCUUUUUCACAGUAUUUAUUUCGAUGAGUUUGGCCGAGAUUUGCAGUGCUUAUCCUACGACUGGAGGUCUUUAUUUUUGGGUCUCAAGGCUAGCGCCACCGAAAUACAUUCCAUUCGCCUGCUGGCUUACAGGAUGGUGUAAUUGGCUUGGAUAUGCCUUUGGGAUUACUUCUGUCGACCUUAGUCUUGCUCAAUUUGUCGCUGAGAUAACUAUUUAUAUGCAAUAUGGUGUUUUUGUUGGCAUUUUGAUAUUUCAUGGUUUGAUCAACUCCUUGACUGUAAGCUUAAAUGGGAUUAUGAACCAGGCAGCUUUCUGGGUCAAUAUACUAGGAAUACUUUUUAUUGUUAUAGUUGGACUAGUAUUUACCAGGCCAUUAGCCUCGGGAUAUGUCGUUUUCACCCAAUUCUAUAAUGGGUCCGGAUUUUCAAGUAACGGCUAUGCAUUUUUGCUGGUUAUAUUGCAGGCCCAGUAUACACUUACGGGUUAUGAUUGUGCCGCGUAUAUGAGCGAAGAAACAAAAAAUUCCCAGACUGGAACACCCCUUGCUAUUGUAGUAGCUGUGUUAGCCAAUGCGUUCACUGGAUUGAUAUUUUUAAUUGGUGUUGGCUUUAUGGUAAAGAACUUUAUGUACCAGAUCGUUUCUGAGGAAGCCAUUCAACCUCAGAUGGUUCAAGUGUUUCAUGAUGGUGUUGGCCCUGGAUGGACGAUGGUGUUUUUGGUUUUUAUUAUCCUCAGCACUUUCUUUUGCGGAUCUUCAAUGAUUCUCGCAGGAUCUCGUAUGGCCUAUGCUUUUGCAAGAGAUGGCGCGAUGCCAUUUUCAAAGAAACUUUAUAGUCUUAACGCCCAAACCAAAAGCCCUAUAAUUGCCGUUUGGUUCAACAUCAUCGUUUCUGGAAUUAUUGGAAUUUUGUACAUCGUCAACGAUACAGCAUUUGAAGCCAUUGUAUCGAUAAACACAAUUGGUGCACAAACGGCGUACCUUAUUCCCAUUGUUUUACGUAUUACCGUAUCACGUACUAAAUUUGUCCCAGGUCCCUGGAAUUUGGGACGAUUUAGUAUAGCGAUCGGAUAUGUGUCUUCUUUUUGGCUUAUAUUUACUUGCGUACUAUUUAUUUGUCCUACAGAAGCUCCAGUAACGGCUAGUAAUAUGAAUUACGCAAUAGUCCCCUUUGGUGUUAUUAUGGGAUUAUCUAUAGGAUAUUACAUGAUUUGGGGAUACAAAUGGUUUACUGGGCCUGUGCGUAUAGUUAAUGGGGAAGUCGUUAUAGAGGACGACUAUUCUGCCCAGACAAUGACAUGUUAG